GGCUCCAGAAAUCCCCAGAGCUAGCAGCGGCCACAGAGAGAGAGAGAGAGAGAGAGAGAGAGAUUUCUCUCCCGAGCAAAAACACCAUAUUUUCUUUUUUCCCAAAUUCCCAUAUUGCCCUCCUCUUCUUCAAUCCUUAUUUCUCCCUCCUCUCAAAAAAACCCGCACAUACACAGUUCAAAGGAAAAGAGAAAAAACGAAAAGAAAAGAUGGUGGAAGUAGCAAGCAGGGUUAUACACGAAGUGCUUGGUGUAAGAGCGCAGGAGUUGGACCAGCCCAUCAUCGACUACAUCGUCAAUGUCCUCGCAGAUGAGGAUUUCGAUUUCGGCAUCUCAGGCGAAGGUGCGUUUGACGCUGUUGGGGAGCUUCUCGUCAAUUCCGGAUGCGUCUCCAACGAUUCCGAGGGCCGUUUGGUUUGCGGAAAGAUCUCCGAGAAAUUUGGAAAGCAUGGGUUGGUUAAAGACAAACCAGCUGUACGAAGUCUCGCAACGCCUUUGAGAAUGUUUGACGGGAUGGAUGAAGAGGAAGCUCCAAAGAAACAACCGGAGGUGCUUGAUGGCCCCGUUCUAUCUGAACGCGAUCGAGCAAAGAUUGAAAGAAAGAAGAGAAAGGAUGAACGGCAGAGAGAGGCCCAAUUUCAAAUGCAUUUGGCGGAGAUGGAAGCAGUUAAAGCAGGCAUGCCAGUUGUAUGUGUAAACCAUGGUACUGGUGAGGGUGGACCAGUUACCAAGGAUAUCCAUAUGGAAAACUUCAAUAUCUCUGUUGGUGGUCGUGAUCUUAUCCAAGAAGGCACAGUGACGCUUUCUUUCGGAAGACACUACGGUCUUGUUGGGAGAAAUGGUACCGGGAAAACAACUUUCCUUAGGCACAUGGCCAUGCAUGCAAUUGAUGGUAUUCCUAAGAAUUGUCAAAUAUUACACGUGGAGCAAGAGGUGGUGGGUGAUGAUAUAACAGCCGUGCAAUGUGUUCUUAACUCCGACAUUGAAAGAACCCAGCUCUUGGAAGAAGAAGCUCGUUUAAUUGAACAACAGAGGGCAAUUGAGUUUGAUUCUCCAACAGAAAAGAGCAAUGGGCAGCUUAAUGAGGCAAUUGACAAAGAUGCUGUGUCGCAAAGACUUGAACAAAUAUAUAAAAGGCUUGAAUACAUUGAUGCAUAUUCCGCAGAGUCUCGUGCUGCUUCUAUUCUCGCGGGUCUUAGUUUUACUCCAGAAAUGCAGCGAAAGCCGACAAAAGCUUUUUCUGGAGGAUGGCGAAUGCGAAUUGCUCUUGCACGUGCUCUAUUUAUAGAGCCUGAUUUGUUACUACUUGAUGAACCUACGAACCAUCUUGAUCUUCAUGCGGUUUUAUGGCUGGAAACUUACCUUGUCAAAUGGCCAAAGACAUUUAUAGUUGUUUCUCAUGCUAGAGAGUUCUUGAAUACGGUAGUUACAGAUAUACUCCAUUUACAUGGACAAAAACUUGUGUCUUACAAAGGGGACUAUGAUACGUUCGAGAGGACACGGGAGGAACAACAAAAAAAUCAACAGAAGGCCUUUGAUUCGAACGAGAGGACAAAAGCCCAUAUGCAGGCAUUUAUUGACAAGUUCCGUUACAAUGCAAAACGGGCGUCUCUUGUUCAGUCAAGAAUCAAGGCAUUGGAGCGGAUGGGUCAUGUGGAUGAAGUUGUCAAUGAUCCAGACUACAAGUUUGAGUUCCCUACUCCUGAUGAUAGACCAGGCCUGCCCAUAAUAAGUUUCAGCGAUGCAUCUUUUGGUUAUCCUGGCGGGCCUCUCUUGUUUAAGAAUUUGAAUUUUGGGAUAGACCUUGACAGCCGCAUAGCAAUGGUUGGACCAAAUGGCAUUGGCAAGUCAACUAUACUCAAAUUAAUAUCAGGUGAACUUCAGCCAAGCUCUGGAACAGUUUUUCGUUCUGCCAAGGUUCGAAUGGCCGUCUUUAGUCAGCACCACGUUGAUGGGCUUGAUUUAUCUUCGAAUCCGCUUUUUUAUAUGAUGCGCUGUUACCCAGGCGUUCCUGAACAAAAACUCAGAGCUCACCUGGGUUCUUUUGGUGUCACGGGCAAUCUCGCGCUUCAGCCUAUGUACACUCUGUCAGGUGGCCAGAAAAGCAGGGUUGCAUUUGCAAAGAUUACUUUCAAAAAGCCACACAUCAUUCUACUUGACGAGCCAUCGAACCAUCUUGAUUUGGAUGCUGUUGAGGCGCUGAUCCAAGGUCUUGUCCUCUUCCAAGGAGGGGUACUCAUGGUAAGUCAUGACGAACAUCUGAUAUCUGGAAGCGUCGGCGAGCUGUGGGCGGUGUCGGAAGGCAGGGUAGCACCGUUCCAAGGGACAUUUCAGGAUUACAAGAAGAUGCUUAAGUCAUCUUGAGAAACGCGAGGAUGAAUCGGCAAGCUUUCGUUAUUUCUUCCACUUGUAGAGCAGCAUUUCCUGUUCCCUGCUAGCCAGCACUGAACUGGGGUAACUAUAAUAUAAGGUACAGAAAUGUCAUGGAGCUUGAGCGUUGUAAGCUAAAGGUUAGCAACAUGUCCUAACAUGCCUUUGAAUGGUGAUGUAGUUGGUGGGCCCGAGUAGAAAGAGGCUUCCUACUCAGAUAUCCGGGUCUUAUUCUGCAACAGUCAAAAGUGCGUGUAUGAGAUUUUGAAACAUGGUUUUGCAAUUUAUUUUUUAUGAUUCCUGCACGUAUGUACUUCAUAUUGUUUUUUAUUUUUAUUUUUAAAGGUAAUGCCUGUCAUGGUUUAGUGAUA